GUAUCGGCUAAAAAAGUACUUUGAUGGGGUACCGGCUAAUCAAGUGAGGACUACAUCGCCCUUGAAGUGUAUGACCGAUGAGCAAUGGAGAAAAUUGGUAGCAUGUGGUCAAGCCUAAAGCACAAGGACAAAUGUGCCAAAAACCAACUGAAUUGUGAAAAAGUUCAGUUUCAGCAGUGUACUGGAUCUCGGUGUUACAUUGCACAAGCCUAUGUCGUGAAGCAAGAAAAAUACAAAGACAUUGAGCUCAUUGUUGUUGAUCUAUUCAAGGAGUUGCAUUGCAGCAAAACUAAAGGUUUUAGUGAACCUGUGAAGAAAGCUAUAGAUGAUAUGCAUGUCCAGGAAGCCCUUCCUUCACCAUCGGUAGAAGAUGGGAAGCAAGCUAAGACUUCAAUAGAAGUUGUUUUCAAAGUGUUGCCAAAGUCAAAUACAUUCCUUCGCAAUGUUGGAAUUCAGCAGUCUGCUGCCAAGACAACCGAUGUGGUGAAAGAACUACAAGCUGAAUUGGAUGCAAAGAAGCUAGAGUCUAUAGGACUUUAG